CCUGCGAUCGUAUGAACCGGUGAUCAACAGAGAAACCAAGCCCAGACUGUUGAGCCGGCAAAGCAGUUUCGGCAUUGACCAUGAACGGUAUUUGUGUUCCGUUUGGUGGUUAACAAAUCUAAUAAAUUGCGGGAUUAAAGCUACCACUGUUUGGGGUUGAUUUUGCCACCCAUACACAACCAUCUAACAUUUGGUGUUCUUAUCUGUUCAAAUCGCUUCGUUGACUCAAGUCGCCAAUCACUCGCCAAUCUAUUUUGUUUUGUUUGUUCGGCAAUUUCUGGUGGCUUAACUUCCUUCUCGUGCGUUGGUUAUUUACAACGGAUGACUAAUUCUUCCUCCUCUCCUAUGACCACUCGCCGUGCUGAAGUGUGUCUGAGGACUUGGACAGAGCGGCGAGCUUUGCUUUUUACUGCGCUGUUUCAGUUUCUGCUCAGCUGUUGAUCGCGAGUGACGCGACGUGAGUGAUAUCAUACGCAUUACGCCUUAAAUAACGCGGCCUCAAAAUAAUCCGCUAAAGUGCAACCCGAGCCGAGAUGAAUCCAGCCGGCAACGAUGGACAGAGCAGGUAAUUUGGCAAAAUGAAGUUUCUUGUGCUGUGUACGCUCGUAGCCGGUGCUGCUGCAGGAUACUCCGCCUCUACCUACCGGGAUGGCAAAGCAACAGGUCUUUAUAAUCAGGUCCCCGCUGGUGUCGACUAUGCUGACAAGUUCCCCCAUGGUAACACAGGUUACAACGGCGGCUACACGACGCACUUCUCCGGACCGAACGGUGCCGGCGUGGCGGUAGGAACUGGCACCGGUAGCUUUGCGCCCGGGUUCGCCGGCUUCCCCGGCCCGACCGUAGACUUCAACAACUUCUUCCAGGGCAUCCAGGCGAACUUUGCAAACUCGUUGACGCAAUCCUAUUCUGAGCCGAGAGCGACGGCAUCAGCGUCAUCAUCACUCCUGGAUCCCGCAUGGCGCAAACCAACGUAUCAACAGCACAACUUGUAUCAGCAGCAGUUUGCUCUGCAGCAAGCUCUGUUCCAGCAGCAGCAGGCUGCCUUUAACGGAGGGUUCGGAGGUGCUGGUUUCGGAGGUGCUGGUUUCGCAGGCGCUGGAGCCGGUACCGGCUUUGGUGGUUUCCCAGUGUAUGGAGCUAACUUUGCCAGUGCUCCGAACUAUAUUCAAAAUCGCUUCCCCGCCGGUAACUUCAACGGUGCCAGCUCUACUGCUUCGUUCGGACCGGGUGGAUUCCACCAGACGGCUGCAGUCUAUCCCGGCAAUCCGGCCGUACCGAAUGUAGACACCCGUUUCGGUGGUUCGGAACAGGCGACCAGCUUCCAGAGCGGCAAACCAGGAUUCGUCGGUGUGUCCAGCUUCUCGUCCUCCUCCAACAUUAAUGGCCAGACGCACCGCGAAGCAGUGACGACGGUGAACGAUAAUGGCAAGGUGACGACCCAUCGCGUCCACUCUUAAACUGCGUCUUCAAUGACCAUCAUCAGCAUGCGACUACGGACGAAAUGCCUGACCCUGGAUUUGCAGAACAACGGAACAACGACCUAGAGUAGAGACAAUCUCACGACCUACCCUCUGAGAGUGCAGUCAGCUUUGCUCCGGUGGAGCUUAACAUUAAACUCAAACAAGCAAUGUGUCAGUGUACACCUUCUCAGGAUCGAGCGGAGCGAAUGCGGAUGCGACUACUACUACUACUACUACUGUGUGCUGUGCGGACAUGUGAGGUGGUAGCGAGGCGAUAGUCCACCGGACACUAAACUUGUGUAGGAGUGUGUGUGUGUGUGUGAAUGUAUUUUUAGCGAGCGAAACGUACUUAUGUGCUAAAAAUUUUACAACUUUACUAAGCAUUUCGAUAAUUUUAUCCAAUAUGUAAGACUGUCCACACCUGUCCACUGGUGAUCGACAAUAAAGCAGAAGAGUUAUCAAUAAGCUGAA